GCGGUGGCCCGUGAACUUGAAACCGAAACUUUGCCUCCGGAUUCAGUUGUCGAGCAACUGCUGAGCCAAGCGAGUCGGCGAGCGUGUGUAUUGAAUAUCGAGCAGCGAGCCAACAAUCGAUUGCCGCGAACCGAGAGCCGAGAGCAGUUAGUCGGUAGUAUCGUGUACUCAGUAGCUGGUGUCGAGUGAUAUUUAAUCAUGGCAGGCAACAUGGACGUAUAUAGGACGUGCCUUUGCCUGGUAGCAUUGCUGCUGGGCAUUGCAAGCGCCGCCGGCCCCGCCUACCUGCCGCGCCAGACGCCCACGCAGCGGCCGACGCAGAGCGGCAUAUACUUCUAUGAUCCGCCAAGUGCGACGACGAUGGCGGCGCUGCGUCGCAUCAUCCAGGGCCACCUGCAGCGCUUCCAGAUGGCUGACAGGCAGCGCUCACAGCAGUGGCAGCUGGCCCGGGUGGAUGUGCAGAUGCAGCCGAAUCGCCAGCUGCAAUCAGCUCCGACCACCAGGCAGCUGAUUUUCGAGUUCAUGCUGCCGCCGAAUACGCCGACGCCCAAAAACUAUGCGAUGAACUUCCUGCCGGAGGGCAAGGAUGUGGCACCCGGAACUUCGUACAUACCGUUAAGGCUGGUGCGGAUACGGCGUUGAAUACACACAUGAUUAAGCGAACGAAACCAAUGGAGAAAUACAAAUGGAGAGGGGGAAGGAAGAUGCGUCGGCAUCGUCUGUUAUUCAAAUGAGCCUAGACGAUGGCAGUCGGAAUGCCGUUCGCUAUGAGCAGCCGGUAAAUGGGGUUAAUUUGUUAUAAUCCUACUGGUUGUUAAAUAAUUUAACGAUACAUGUAUAUAUUUAAAUAUAAUGAGCAUAGUCUAAGCGUUGCGUAUUCUAACAUAAGUUCAAGCCAAUUUGUUGACUGAGAGCAAAACCAAAGCAUAACUCUGAGUUACGGCCGUUUUUUCAAUUUCAGCCUCCAAAUUGCGGAAUUAGAUAAGAAACCAAAUUAAAUAAAUAAAGCCACGCAUAGUUCGUAAUGAAACACACGCAGAAAAAAAAAAAAAAAAAAACAAAAAAACAUUCACCAAAAUUAAAUUUGUCAUAUAAUUUACAUAAUUUAGAAGCGAUAAAUUAAAACGCACCAAAACGCGACCGACACAAAGCGGAA